CCCGCUCCUCCGACCCGGCACUCGUGGCAGGAUGCAGCCGGUGCUGGCGGCGUGGCUGGCGCUCAGCUUGCUGGCGGGGACGGGGGCUGAGGACACGUGCGGGAACCCCUCCAUCUCCAUCCCCGCGCCCCAGCUCAGCUCCGAGGAGCGGCUCUCGCCCCACAUGCCCGAAUCCCUGCGCUGCGACGCCUGUCGAGCCAUCGCCUUCCAGAUUGAGGAGCAGCUGCACAGGGCAGAGGGGAAGGUGGGCAAGAAGGCGCUGAGCGAGUCUGACUACACGGAGGUGCUGGAGAGGAGCUGCUCACAGGGCUGGGAAAGCUACGGGGUGCAGGAGCUGGACGGGGAGAAGCGGCUGGCGGGGCCGGGGCUGCCGAGACAGGAGCCCAUGACCGUGAUGGUGACGGGGGGACCUUGGCCAAGCCGGUUGGCCAAGAUGUGCCACGGCUACGUGGGCGAGCGGGGAGAGGCGCAGAUCUACGGGGCGCAUCGUCAGGGCGCGGCCGCGCUGCGGGAGCUGCUGUGCCAUGGCGAGAAGGGAGCCUGCGCCGGCGGCAAGGCCGGGGGAACAGCCCCCCGCAAGGCGACACAGAACGAGCUGUAGCCCUGGCACAGUUAAUGCUUAAUGCCCCGGUGACCUUCGGAGCCGACUUCGUCCCCAACGAGAGCCGACACACACCUUCCCGGCAUGGCACAAUGCUGGCAUUGCCACCAUCCCUCGAUGCUCAACCUGACCGUGCCAGGACGACGGCGGCGGCAGCCGGGACCCCCCGCAAGCCGGGAAUUACUCUGUAACCCACUGGUUCUAAUGUUCUACCAACACGGUGCCGGCGGUGGGAGCGUCC